AUGGCAGAAGUAGCUCCAGCUCCAGCCGCGCCCAAAGCAGCCAAGAAGAAGGCGUCCAAGCCGAAGAAGGUCGGUCCCAGCGUCUCUGACCUCAUCGUGAAAACUGUGGCCGCUUCCAAGGAGCGGAGCGGCGUGUCUACUGCAGCCGUCAAGAAGGCUCUGACCGCCGGGGGAUACGAUGUGGACAAGAACAAUGCCCGCGUCAAGACCGCCAUCAAGAGCCUGGUGGCCAAGGGGACUCUGGUCCAGAUCAAGGGGAUCGGGGCCUCUGGCUCCUUCAAGAUGAGCAAGACGACCGCCGACAAACCGGCAAAGAAAGCCGCUCCGAAAGCCAAGAAGCCCGCUGCGAAGAAACCCGCAGCGGCCAAAAAGCCCAAAGCAGCGGCAGUGAAGAAGGUUGUAGCCGCUAAGAAGUCACCGAAGAAGGCCACGAAACCCGCAGCGGCCAACAAGGUAGCCAAGAUCCCCAAGAAGGUGGCCAAGAGCCCCAAGAACGUAGCAAAGAGCCCCAAGAAGGUGGCCAAGAGCCCCAAGAAGGUGGUGAAAAAGGCCCCCGCAGCCAAGAAAGUCCCCAUUAAGAAAGCUGCUAAGCCCAAAGCCAAGAAAGCUGCACCCAAGAAGAAGUGAGCUCAUCCUGAGGAAAAAGCAAAGCUUCUAUAAAAAGGCUCUUUUAAGAGCCACCAAUCGUUCCUCAAAGAGCUGUUUCCUUUACUUAGGUUAUUUCCAUUGAGGGACAUCCAAUAACUUAACACAUAUACAGGAAUAAAACGGAUAAGCAAAAAUACAAUUUAUGAAUCUCCGAUUAAAAGAUGUAUCUCUGCUUCUUUGUUUGCAUACAUCAUGUGUGAUGUAGCCUUUUGAGGAUCUGAUCGUUGUAGCUAUAUAAAACUACAUCAUAUGUGAACAGACAAAUGCCACUGUUUCACCUCCAGGAAGAUGUCGAUGUGACACACGGCAUUAAGUGAUCUGUUCAAGAACCCAUUAUAAAGGAGGAAUUAUCAAAUCACAAUUCUUCCAAGGUACAAAUUACUGUUCCAUUUCAAAAUCUGUAAAACAGGAAAUAAUUUGUUAUACAUGGUGUGUUGAUCACUUUACACAAGCAAAUAUUAAAAAAAUAGCAAUUCCCUCAAUUCAGUAAAGUCUGAAGGAAUCUAUUCAACAGUAUUGAUGUGUGGAUUUCACACCAACAUGUUUUGGGGAACUUGGGCAAGACACAAGUUUAAACAUCAGAUGAAUUUGUGAAGAAAAAAAAAACAGAUCUUAAAACCAGAUUAUCAACACAUCUCAAACAUCAGUUAACAAGACUUCUGCAAACUUC